AUGGAAAAGGUCGAUAAGAUCUUAAAACAACGGAUCACUGAGAGUUUUUACUGGAAACAGCAUUGUUUUGGGUUGAAUUCUGCUACUCUAUGUGAUAAAGCAGCGGAAAUCAAAGCCGUUGGAGGCCUUCAUCUCAACAGCCGUCCCACCCCGUUCAUUUGUUUGGUGUACAAACUGGUUCUGAUCCGUCCCGAACGGGAAAUUGUUGAAGAAUUGUUGCAUCAGCCGUAUUUCAAGUACCUCACAGCAAUUGCUGCCGUUUACAUCCGCCUAAUGUACCCUUCAGUUGAUGUGUACAAACUGCUGGAGCCUCUACUUGCCGAUUACCGAAAGCUGCGCUGGCAGACUCGCAACGAAGAGGUACUGAGACACAUGGAUGAGCUUAUAGACAUGUUGCUCGAAGAGACGAGUGUUAUGGAUCUCACUUUCCCGCGAUUAAUUCCCAGAAUACAGCUCGAGGAUCGUCGGCUUUUGGAUCCACCUGUAGAAUACUAA